AUGAGUGAGCAGGGAAGGGAGAUGGAGGAGGAGGAGGGAGGCGGUGCUUCGGACACAGCGCCUAUGCUGCCCCAGGGACCUCCUGACCACCAGGCCUCAGCCCUGCCGUGCCCAGGGUGGCCGGGGCCCCUGCUGCUGCCCGGCCGGCUGGUGGCCGGGCUCCUGCUGCACCUCCUGCUGCCCGCCACAGCCUUCCUGCUGGUGCUCCUGCCCGCAGCGGCCGUCGUCUACCUGGGAUUCCUGUGCCACUCGAGGGGUCUGCAGCCAGCUUCCGGUCAGACUUCAGGUCCUCCAGCGGCUGUGGCCUUGAGCGUCAUCUCCACAGCAGCCCCUGUGUACUGGGGGCUGGGGGGCCUGCUCUGA